GAAAAACUGGUACUAAUAGGGCCAACCAUAAAAAUAGUUUCAGUCAUUGUUGAGAGAAACUGUUGCUGAAGGAAAUGGACUGUGUUAAGUGCCUGUGUUGUUGCACCAAUUAUAUUCCGCGAGGUCAACCACUUCGCAUAGUAUUGAUUGGAAAAACUGGAGUGGGAAAAAGUGCUGUGGGAAACACUAUCCUUAAUAGAAAUGUUUUUGAAUCAAGCCCUUCUGCAAACUCUGUCACUGAGCGGUGCAAAAAAGGAAUGGUCUGUGACCAAAGAGAGAUUUAUGUGAUUGACACACCUGGAAUCUUGGAUACCAGCAAAUCAAAAGACCUCAUCAAAAGAGAAAUAGUGAGAUGUAUUCAGGUUUCAGCACCAGGUCCUCAUGUGUUUCUGCUGGUGAUACAGAUUGGCCGUUUCACUACUGAGGAGCAAAGAUCAGUCCAGGCCCUGCAAGAGCUCUUUGGAGAAGAAGCUUCAAAAUACAUGAUAGUGGUCUUCACUCAUGGAGAUGCACUCAUUGACCAAAAAAUUGACGACUAUGUGAAAAACGGUCAUCCAGAACUCCGUAGAGUGAUCCAGAGUUGUGGUAGUAGAUAUGUUGUUUUUAAUAACACUGUCAAGAACAGUCGAGUUCAAGUGAGGAGAUUGAUUGUGAAAAUUGAUGAAAUGGUGGCAGUUAAUGGGGGAGAAUGCUUCACUCAAGAAAUGUUUAAAGAAGCGGAAGAAAAGAUUCAGGAACAGAAUGUGGAGAGAGCGGCUGCAGAGCUACUGGAAUAUCAGUUUAACUUUCUUGGGAUUCUUGACCACAGGGUUGCUUUGUUCCAACAAGUAUUAAUGGAAGGCAUUCGCGAGCAGUUCAGUCUUGAUAGCGUCAUUUAUGGGACUUAAAUCAGACAUCUAAUAUGAACACUACUUCUGAACAUAAACAAACCUCAUUUAUGUGAUGUUACACAGUGAUGUUAUUUGACUCUGCAGCACAUUACAUAAUAAUUACACAUGGAAGCUUGUGAAUCUAAUAUGAAGGCACUGUAUUCUAUAGCACUUUUUGGUUUCUGAAUAGUUUUUAGAGACUUUAUUUAUACUAACACGUUCAGUCAUGAUAUGUCUAAACUACUAAAUGUGAUGAAACGACUGAUCACAUCUAAAUACUAAGUUUUAAGACUUGGUUUAACCCGAUACAGCAGAUAUUACCAAUCAAUUCAAUUCAAGCAGGGACUCCACUAGUAAGUGUAAUAUUUGUACUUAUAUAGUGAUUGUAUACAUUAGACUAGCAGUUAAUUUUAUGCCUGAUGUACUGUAAUUACUUACAUCAAAAUCAUUUUUAGAUUUAGUAAAUAAGUGUCUUUAUAACGGGUAAAUAUCACUGUCUUUGCCAUUCUUUCUUCUUGAAGAUUCUAUUUCUUGAGAGUAAUCUGAAUAUUAAUGUAUACAUUUGCAUAUUCAUUUUUAGACAGUGAGAACAGUUGGAAAAACAGUAGUUUUUUAAGAUAUGCUAAGAAUCUGUUAUCCUCUGUAUAAUUGUAAAAGUGUUAAAUACAAGUAAAAUGUUUAUACUGUGAAAGCUCUGGAUGUGUUUAUAUAUAAUGUAUUAGAAUUUGGCAUAUUAAUACAUUAUUUUUACAUUUUUCCUUUAUUUUCCAGUAUUAUUAUUAUUAUUAUUAAUAUUGCA